GUCUUGCGGGCCUAGCAUGGCUGCUGCUGUACCUGUGCUGGGGGAGUGAAGCUGGAGGGGGGCGGAGGGGCUGCUGCCUCUGCUGCCCGCCAUGGGGCUGAAGCCAUGGCAGAAGGCCCUGUUCCCGCUGCGCUCGGUGGAGGAUGUGGUGCGGUUAUUCAUGGCCGAGCUGCAGCAGGAGCAGCCCGAUCUGGUGCUGCUGUCACUGGUGCUGGGUUUUGUGGAGCAUUUCCUGGCUGUGAACCGCGUCAUACCCACCAACGUGCCGGGCAUCAGCUUCGAGCCACGCCCGGGACCUGAGCCCGACAGCCUCACCUACUUCCCUGUGGCCGAGCUGUCCAUCGUGGCCGCGCUGUACGCCCGCUUCACUGCCCAGAUCCGUGGCGCUGUCGACCUGUCCCUCUACCCCCGGCCCGAGGGCUUCUCCUCCCGCGAACUGGUCAAGAAGGUGUCGGACGUCAUCUGGAACAGCCUCAGCCGCUCCUACUUCAAAGACCGGGCCCACAUCCAGUCCCUCUUCAGCUUCAUCACAGGCACUAAGCUGGACAGCUCAGGGGUGGCCUUUGCUGUGGUGGGGGCCUGCCAGGUGCUGGGGUUGCCGGAUGUGCACCUGGCGCUCUCGGAGGACCAUGCCUGGGUGGUGUUUGGCCAGGACGGUGAGCAGACGGCCGAGGUGACCUGGCACGGCAAAGGCAAUGAGGACCGGCGCGGGCAGACCGUGAAUGCUGGCGUGGCUGAGCGGAGCUGGCUGUACCUGAAGGGCUCGUACCUGCGCUGUGACCGGCACAUGGAGGUGGCCUUCAUGGUGUGCGCCAUCAACCCCUCCAUCGACCUGCACACUGACAGCCUGGAGCUGCUGCAGCUGCAGCAGCGGCUCCUGUGGGUUCUCUACGAUAUGGGGCACCUGGAGAGGUACCCGAUGGCGCUGGGCAACCUGGCCGACCUGGAGGAGCUGGAGCCGACACCAGGCAGACCAGACCCCCUCUCCAUCUACCAUAAGGGCAUCAGCUCAGCCAGGAAGUACUACAACAAUGAGCACAUCUACCCCUACAUGUACCUGGCUGGCUACCACUGUCGCAACAAGAAUGUCAAGGAGGCGCUGGAGGCCUGGGCUGAUACAGCCACUGUCAUCCAGGACUAUAACUACUGCCGGGAGGAUGAGGAGAUCUAUAAGGAAUUCUUCGAUGUGGCCAACGACGUGGUUCCCAACCUGCUCAAGGAGGUGGCCAACCUGGCAGAGCCACUGGAGGAGAAAGGUGCUGGGGAGAGAGGAGAGGGGUCCCCGGUGCAGGCUGGGGGCUCGGCCUUGCAGGACCCUGAGUGCUUCGCCCACCUGCUGCGCUUCUAUGAUGGCAUUUGCAAGUGGGAGGAGGGCAGCCCCACACCUGUGCUGCACGUGGGCUGGGCCACCUUCCUGGUGCAGUCGCUGGGACGCUUUGAUGGGCAGGUGCGCCAGAAGGUGACGAUCGUGGCGCGGGAGGUGGAGGCCAAUGAAGACGAUGAGCAGGGCAGCGAGGACCCCCGCGAGGGGCGCCGGCGCGGACCCCGCCGCGAGUCCAAGCCUGAGGAGCCCCCCCUGCCCAAGAAGGCCUCCGAGCGCCGGCGCCCCAGCUCGGGCCAGCGGCCAGACAAGCCCCCUGCGGCGGAGAAGGAGGAGGGGGGGGCCCCCGCCCUGGGGGUCCCCCCUGCCCCUCCGCCCGAGGGGCCUGUCCUCACCUUCCAGAGCGAGAAGAUGAAGGGGAUGAAGGAGCUGCUGGUGGCCGCCAAGAUCAACUCGAGCGCCAUCAAGCUGCAGCUCACGGCCCAGUCCCAGGUGCAGAUGAAGAAGCAGAAGGUGUCAGCCCCAAGAGACUAUACCCUGGCCUUCCUCAAGCGCCCCCGCAAAUCCCUCUGAGCUCCAUGGGGGACGCCGGGGUGCAGUGCUGCCCCCUGCCAAGCUCUGCCGGGCUCAGCUUCACGGGGCGAGGAAUUGUUGCCUUUAAAUAGGGCAUGGGGAAGCGCCCUGCCCCCGUCUCUCCCAGGUGCAGGGGCUGCCUCACCCCUGCUGUAGCUUUCCUGGGCUCCCCAUGGUGUGAGGGAGGGGGCUCUGUGGGUUUGAUGCUGGGGUGGGGGGGAGCUCUAAUAUUACCCCCCCUCCAAGACAGGAGCUGUCAUGGCCUGAGCCCUCCUGAGCUCUGGGGUUCAGGGGUGGUGAGUUCUGUGUGUUCUCCACGUAUCCGGGAGAGCUGCAGGAAUUGAGUGGAGGUUCUCUCUACCUUGCACCCCUUCUGCUGAGGAGAUAUGGCCCCCUCCCCUCUGAUACACACUGGAGUGCUUCUGGGUGAGGUGUCUCCAAAAUACAGACCCACGUGAGCCAGCCCAUGCCCUGCCCAUGGGCCGGGCUUGUGCCCACACCCUCUAGAGGAGAAGGAAGCCGCAUCCCAUUCUGUGCCCCCAAACCAGCCAUGGCGGGAGGGGGGCUCUUUCUCUUUAGGCUGGGGGUGGGUGGGUUAGCAGCUGACUUUGAUCUUUCCAGAGUCCAGCUGCUGUGUCCUAAGCUUCCAAGGCAUCUUCCGGCCCUGCACAAAGCCCUGGGUAGAGCCACAGCUGUUCAGCGUGGCGGAUGCAGGGCUUUGUACCUCUUCCCCCCUGGAGUUUGUAAUGUAAACUUCUUCCUCCCCGGUCAUGCUCCCUCCCCCCCAUCUCCCCCCUCUAGGUCGUCAUGCCCCCCCUUCUGUUCUCAACUGAGGCCUUUCCCUUGACAACACUGGAUCUGCUGUAGGGGGUAGGGGCAGACAGCCAGGGUUGCUGGGGGGAAUCUGAGCAUGCCACUAGCACGGGAAUAAUGGGGUAUGACCAACCACUGGGAACGCAGUGGGCUUUCUGUGGGGCUGUGAUGGGUCCUGCUAAACAAGCCCCAGCAGGGCCAUAGCAUUCAUAGUGGGCACUGCCUUCCCCGUACAGCUUAGGCAGAGAGCUCCUGAGGCUGUGCUAAGUGGGGAAGCCCACGGACUUCUAAGCAGCAUGUCCUGCUGGACCCCACUGUCUCCCUCCAGUGGCUGACAUGGGGUUUGCAUUGAAGGGCCAUGGGGGGCAGAGCUGGGGUGGGGGC